CUGCACUCUGCUCCCAGUGAUAGGACCUGUCUGCAGCUCCUGAGGUCUCUUGCUCCAGCACAAGCAGCAUCUCACCAGCUGUGAAAGCACUGCCUUGCCUAGGGGGCUGCAGCAGGUUAAGUGCACAGAUGAAUAAGAAUUCUUCCAACAUAAUGGCUUUGGCUCCUAACACCUCUAACAAAAGAGAGACAGUGUGCAUAUUUGGAACUGGAGAUUUUGGAAGAGCACUGGGGCAUAAAAUGAUUCAAUCUGGCUAUCCUGUUGUGUUUGGAAGCCGGAGCACACAGACAUCCAGCCUGAUUCCCAAGGGUGCAGAGGUGUUGAGCCAUGCAGAGGCAGCACAGAAAGCUGCUAUCAUCAUUAUAGCAAUCCAGAGGCAACAUUACAACUUCCUUACACCACUAACAGAAAUCCUCCAUGGAAAAGUCCUGGUGGACGUAAGCAACAACUUAAAAAUAAACGAGCAUCCUGAAUCCAAUGCAGAGUACCUUGCUCAGCUGGUGCCUGGAGCUAAGGUUGUGAAAGCCUUUAACACUGUGUCAGCCUGGGCCUUGCAGUCAGGCACACUGGAUGCAAGCCGGCAGGUAUUUGUCUGUGGAGAUGACAUGGAAGCUAAGCAAAUGGUGAUGAAUAUUGUUCGUGCACUGGGUCUCACUCCAUUAGACCAGGGAUCCCUCUUGGCUGCUCAGGAAAUAGAAAAUUACCCUCUGCGGCUCUUUCCAAUGUGGAAGUUUCCCAUACUUUUGUCCUUUGGCCUAGCUGCAUUCUUCUUCUUCUACUGUUUGAUUCGCAAUGUGAUUUAUCCUUAUGUUUAUGAAAAUGAAGACUUUUCAUUCUUUAUUGCAAUUUCCAUUCCAAAUCGGAUCUGCCCGAUAUUGGCACUCAUCCUUCUAGCCUUGGUUUAUCUUCCUGGUGUACUGGCUGCAAUUAUUCAGUUAUACAGAGGUACGAAAUACCACCGUUUCCCAGACUGGCUGGACAAAUGGAUGCUGUCCAGGAAACAACUUGGACUAGUAGCCUUGGCAUUUGCUUCCCUGCAUGUUUUGUACACUCUUGUUAUCCCAAUCCGCUACUUUGUAAGAUGGAGAAUGAGCAGUCGAAUCAUCUCCCAGGUCCUGAACAAUAAAACAGAAUCACUCGACACCACUAAUGCCUGGCUUAGUGACUCCUACGUGGCUUUGGGGAUUUUAGGAUUUUUUUUGUUUGUUCUUCUGGGAAUAACUUCCUUGCCUUCAGUUAGCAACAAUGUCAACUGGAGAGAAUUUCGAUUUGUACAGUCCAAACUGGGAUAUCUGACACUGAUUUUGUGCACUGCACACACACUGGUUUAUGGUGGAAAACGGUUCCUGAGCCCAUCAUCGUACAGAUGGUAUCUUCCAAAUGCCUAUAUGCUCUCCCUCAUUAUUCCAUGCAUGGUGCUGGUUGUCAAAUUUGUGCUGAUAUUUCCUUGUCUAGACAAACCUCUCACGCGAAUUCGACAGGGCUGGGAGAGGAAUCCCCAGUACUCAGAACAGUCACAUUACAUUAUCAACAAGUCUGCUGUAUAAUUAGACUAACUUACUUUAUAAAAAAGAAGAAAAAAUAUUAUGAAGGCAUAUCAAAAUGAAAUCAUGAGCCUCCUUUAUCUAGAGAGUGAGAGAAAAAGUUAAAAACUUGGCCAGGACCUGUUUAAAAUAAAGCCACCCAA